AUGCUCAAGCCAAAGCAAUAUGAGGAAUCUUUAAAUAGAAGACUUGCCACAGCACACACGAAUUUUUCAACGUCCGUCAGUGCUCAACAGCGGGCCAAAGUCCUCAAUGAAGCCAGACCCCUUUUAGAUGCCCAUUUGAAAUGCCGAGAAAUUUGGGAAGCUUUGCUAUUAGCAGACUAUAAGAAAGAUGGGCUGUUAAAUGAUGCAGCCCUGCAAUUUCUGCUUGAUAAACAAGCCAAACACCUAGGCGAAUUGUUGCUUGUUAGAAACGUUGACGACUUACUUGAUUUAUUAGACGAAGAUGAAGACGGUUUUUUAAAUGAAGAUGAACAAAUUUUGCUCUUUUCAACUAUAAAAGAAAGAAUGCAGAUCUGCGCUGAUGAAUUAUGCAAUAUUCAUGAAUACAGCCUUUACAAAGAACUAAUGAAAGCUAUUCGUAGCUUGGAAAGUGACAUCAUCAAUUUCCAACGAACUUUGAGGCUACGCACCCAUGAUAAAGAAAUUUCUUUAUAUCAUGAUAUACCACGAACAUCAUUUUUGCUAGGGCUAUUCGACAUCAAUCGGGAAUAUUUUUUGGCAUAGCCAACUCCCCAGGUGAUAAAUAUCCCAAAUAAGAAGUGGACUUGCUAUUUAGGGAGUUGGCAAAACCAAAAAAUAUGGGUAGCCUACUACCAGAUUGACGUCGGAUAGCCCGAGCAAAAAGGAGGCUCUGGCUAUAUAGGGAUACAAAAAAAAGAAAAAUUCAAAGAACAGUGAAAUAAAAUUUUUGAAGAUUUCGCAACUGACUGCCAAGAAAAAAUGCAAAAAUUGAAAGAAAUUCAUGCCAGACAGAUUGAAGAGCUAAAUGAAACUUUGCAAAAAGAUGUGGAAUUUGUAAAAAUCAAGCCAAAGCCUGUUAUGAAAGAAUUGCAAGUUAGAGAAAAGGUGGUAGCUAUAAAUGAAAGAUAUGCAGAAGCACAACAAAUAAGAAAUGAACUCAAAAGCUUAGAAAUCGAAGAACAAAAUCGAGUGGAAAACAAAAUUUUAGAAGAACAAGAAAAGAAAAGAAAAAAACUGUUAAAAAGGCAAGAAAAAGAAAUAAAUCAUGUUUUGAUUAAAAAUAGCACAGAAUACAAUAAAUUGAAAAUAAAAAUGCAGCAAGAUGAAAUCAGACUCGAGAAAGAAAUAAAAUUGCAUAUACAUGAUAUCACCAAAAAUCAAAAUCUCGCAAGCAGGCUCGCAGAAAAAGUAGGGAUGACAAGAGAUGAACUCAGGAGAACGAAAGAAAAAUCGAAAAAAUUAAAAGAGUUUUUAGCUGACAACAAGAAAGUCCAGCCAAGACGCAAAAAUUUAGCCAUAUCAACAGCACCUGCCAGCUUUUUGCCAGGCACUACAAAAUCUAAAUCAAUUGUCAAUAAAGUCGGAGCAAUGAGUACGGUUAGUGCUUCCCUUGGUUACAGAUCAACAAGUCCGUUGCCACUUAUUUUAUAUGAAUUUUUUCUCCGUGCACAUUUCCCUGGAUUUUAGUUAUAGCUUUCCCUCGUGAUACAAUAGUUUAAAAAAAAAAAAAAUUAUAUCAAAUUUAUCACGAGAAAAAAAUUCGACCAAAAAUGCCGAGGAAUGCAGAGGAGGAAAAUUUUUCAUCAAAUGGCAAAAAGUAGCAAGCCCAUUAAAAUAUACUCUCAAAAACGUCACAAAAUUCAAUAUAAAAAGCGAUGCAACAGGAAAUGAUCGGCCUGUAAAUGUUCUUCCUGAUUAUAUGACAUCAACAUCUUUAACUAGUAAAACUGGGAAAUUAUUAAAGCAAUCUAACAAAGAAAAAGACUCAUUUCCAAGACUUACAAAUUUUUAUAAUGACAAGCUGGAAAGAGUUGAGGAGAAUUUAAUAUAA